CAUCGCCGAGCCUGACGUGUGACGUGCUCUCCUCACGGACCGAGAUGCUGAUUCGCUUGUCUGCUUCCGCGUUUCUGCGCACCCACCCGUGCCACUGCCCACUGUGAUGCCGUGUGCCGUGCUCUGCCGGCCGGGUCAGUUGUUGCCGUCCGUUCGGGGAAGCCGGCGGCCGAAGCGGAGCCGCGGGUGGGCAGGGCAGGUGCACGCGCUGGGAAACGAACGGUCCGUGACCGUGGCCGCCGCGACGCAGGGCGCUCCGAUCCGUGACCUGACCGGGUGAGGGUGAGACGAGAGCCAGCAGGUCUGCAGGUGGCGCCAUGGGGUGGGCGCUGGCGCUGCACGGCGGCGCCGGGGACGUCCCGCGCACGCUGCCGCCCGAGCUCAGGGAGCCCCGCCUCGCCACGCUCCGCCGCUGCCUCGACCUCGGCGCCGCCGCUCUCCGCGACGGCCGGACCGCGCUCGACGUCGUCGAGCUCGUCGUGCGGGAGCUGGAGGACUGCCCGCACUUCAACGCCGGCAGGGGCUCCGUGCUCACCGCCGCCGGCACCGUCGAGAUGGAGGCGUGCGUCAUGGAGGGCGCCACCCUGCGCUGCGGCGCCGUCUCGGGCCUCUCCACCGUCGCCAACGCCGUCUCGCUCGCCAGGCUCGUCAUGGAGAGGACGCCGCACAUCUACCUCGCCUUCGACGGCGCCGAGGCCUUCGCCAGGGACCAGGGAGUGGAGACCAAGGAUCCAAGCCACUUCAUCACCGAGCACAACAUCGAGCGACUGAGACAGGCCAAAGAGGCCAACAGGGUGCAGAUUGACUACACCCAGCCACUGAAAGGUCAGCAAGCACAGAAGGAAACCCCGGCGGACGGCAACAGCCAGACGGGCACGGUGGGGUGCGUGGCCGUCGACGCCGCGGGCAACCUCGCGACCGCCACGUCCACGGGCGGCCUGGUGAACAAGAUGGCCGGCCGGAUCGGGGACACGCCCGUGGUGGGCGCCGGCACGUACGCCAACGCCCUGUGCGCGGUGUCCGCUACGGGGAAGGGCGAGGAGAUCAUCCGCCACACGGUGGCGCGCGACGUCGCGGCGCUGAUGGAGCACCGGGGCCUGCCGCUGCGCGACGCCGCGAAGCGCGUCGUGGCGGGGGCGCCCCGGGGCACCGUGGGGCUGGUGGCCGUGUCGCGCGGCGGGGAGGUGUGCAUGGCGCACAACACCACCGCCAUGUUCAGGGCGUGCGCCACCGAGGCCGGGCACGCCGAGGUCGGCAUCUGGACGGACGCCGGCGCCGGCGCCGACGGCGGAGAGAGCGUCAGCGCCGCGCUGUGAACGUCGCGGCGGGAUCUUCUCCUCUGUUCCGCGCUCCGCGCCGUUGGACUAGCUUGCUUUAUUUAAUGUCACAGUUUGAGAUUGUUAAGAAACUUGAUUUGAUUUCAGAAACUGCAGUGUGAUAAAAACAUUUAUGAUGUUGCUAUGAAACAAUGAUAUUUUUCAGAAAGUGAAGAAACUGUAAACAUGCCCAA